ACUGCACGGCUCCAAUAUCUUCAGACCGGAGCGCACGCGUGGAGCGCGCACUGUCUCUCAGAGUAACGACACUCACCGUCCGGUGUAAAGUCACUUGAGCCGAGCCAGCAUCUGCGACUAAGGUACCGUUUACCUGCAUGCUCUAACCCUCUAAAGGGUUGCGCAGUCUUGCGCAGACCGUCCGCUAGAUUCUCCUUCCAGAGGUGAAAAUGGCCGAAGACAUUAAAGCCAAACUUGAGAAAUACCGCACGGCUCCCUUUGACUCCAGAUUCCCCAACCAGAACCAGACCAGGAACUGCUGGUCCAACUACGUGGACUACUAUCGCUGCCAGAAAGCUUUGGAUGCCAAGGGAUUAGACACCCAGCCCUGCGAGUGGUACAAAAGGGUCUACAAAUCGCUGUGCCCCAUCUCCUGGAUCCAGAAAUGGGACGAGCAGAGAGAAGAUGGGACCUUUGCUGGAAAAAUCUGAGGCUUAAGCAUUUCGAAUGCCGAUAGUCUGCAGAGAUGUAAUCUUUUCAGUAGAAUGUUUGUACGAGUGGUAUAAAACCUGCGGUGUGCCUUUCCACUAAUGCUCUGUCCUGAGAUCACACCGAAACUGAAUGGUCAUUCCUUAAAGAUAUCAUGAAAUGUACAGCAGAUUCUGCAUUAAUAAAAAAUAUCUCAGGAUAUAUUUAUGGAA